CGACCGGGAGCGCAACCCCGAGGGCAUCGUGAACCUGGGGACCAGCGAGAACAGGCUGUGCUUUGAUUUGAUAGAGGAGAGACUCACACGGCCUGACAUGGACUGCCUGCAGCCCGAUCUCUUCCAGUACCCUGACACGCAGGGUGCGAGGAGCUUCAGAGAAGAAAUUGCCAAAUUUCUGACUGACUAUGCCAGAGCCGCAAAAGAACUUAGACCAGAACAUAUCACUGUCAUGAAUGGCUGCUGUGCUGUUUUUGCCACUCUGUCAACUGUGCUGUGUGACCCUGGUGAUGGAUAUCUUAUUCCAGCUCCUCACUAUGGUGGCAUAAAUUCAAAAAUGUGGCUAUAUGGUGGACUGCAGCCCGUGCAUGUGCCCUUGUCCAGUGAGGUGACUAACGAAGAAACUCACCCUUUCCAGCUAACAGCUGAAAAAUUAGAAGCUGCACUACAGAGAGCUAAAAAGCAGGGCAUCAGAGUGAGAGUAUUAGUCCUCAUCAACCCUAACAACCCCUUAGGGGACAUUUACCCAGAGCAGUUACUGAAGGAUUGCCUUGAGUUUGCACACAGACAUGAAUUGCAUGUAAUAAUGGAUGAAAUCUACAUGCUGUCUGUUUAUGAUGAUACUAGCUUCACCAGUGUUCUUAGCUUAGAUAGUUUACCAGAUCUUGAACGCACACAUUUUAUGUGGGGUUUUAGCAAGGAUUUUGGUAUGAGUGGAAUCAGAGUUGGGGUACUGUACACCAGAAAUCAUGAAAUUCAGAAAGCUGUGAAUCAACUAGCUGUCUUCCACAGCUGUCCUGGACCCAUCCAGCAUGUUCUCACUCAAUUCCUUAAGGACAGAGAUUGGUUGGAUAAUGUGUUUUUUCCCACCAACAAGAAGAGACUUAAGGAAGCACAGAAUCUUCUUGUGGAUGGACUUGCAGACAUUGGAAUACCUGUGCUGAAAAGUUCAGGAGGACUCUACGUGUGGGCAGACUUCAGGAAAUUCUUAAAAUCACAGACAUUUGAAGCUGAACUUGAACUAUGGCAGAAGCUCCUUGAUAAGAAACUCCUGAUUAGUCCUGGAAAAGCUUUUUAUUGUUAUGAACCUGGAUGGUUUCGAUUGGUUUUCUCUGAUUCUGUAGAUAAGAUUUAUUUAUGUAUUGAAAGACUUCAGCAAAUGCUGCAUGUUGAUGAUGCCAAACCAGUUGUAAACAACACAUCUUCUAGUGCAGACUCUUCACACAGCCCAGAAAGAGAUUCUUCUGGCACACCUUCAAAUACAGCACGAGAUGAUGCCUCCCAGCUAAAAAAUAUACUUGUUUUUUAA